AUGGAAAUAGAAAAUAAAAAUAUAAAAGAAAUAGAGAGUAUAAUUACUGACGAAAUCGAUAACAGUAAUAAUAUUAUUAAUAAUAAUAAUAAUGGCAAUAUAAAUGAACAUAUAAUUAAUAUACAAAACGAAAAGAAAUUCGAACUUGUAGAAUUAAAUCCAAAAUUUUUAAAAUCACCAACUAUGAUAGUAUUGGCAUUAGUUUUAGGAGUGUUUUCAUUGGUUGGACUUAUAUUUAUAAUAUAUUUUAGUAUAAAAAAAUAA